UUGAUUUGUAAUUGUUGUAAUUUACAAAUUGUACAGUAAUUGUAUCAUAAAUAACUAUAAUUUUGUGAACUUAUAAGAAAUUAUUUGAAUUUGCUAUUGUAACAACUUACUUAACAUAUGCUAAUAGCAUGCUGAGUUACCAAAGAUUGAAAGUAGACUCGUCCCAUGUUGACAGUCCUAAUUGAAAGUGGGCAGUGAUUGACAACCAAGUAAACAACAUGGAUUCUUUUGAAUUUUUGCCUGAAAGUUUUUAUAAUGAGAUGAUAUGUUUAUUUGACUGAUUUAUGGCUAUUUAUAAAUGGUUUAAUCGUUAAGUGUUCACAGCCGCAGUUUACAAAGCCACAUGAAACAAAGUUUAUAAACUUAAGUUUAACAAAUCAGAGUCCGACAGUUAACCUAGUUCAUAGAUAUGUCAGUAGGUAAAACCUAACACAAAAGCAAAAUAAAAACAUUGAAAUCUAGAGAGAUGGGAUCAGGACCAAGUAAGGAGAAGACGCCGCUUCAAAAUGUUCCGCCGAGAAAGCCUGAUAAUGUGUCGAAAGGAAAUAAACAGUUUAAAACAGAAGAGGUAACUUCAGUUCAGAAUAAUAACAAAACAAAUAUUAAUUCCAAGAUAGAUGUGGUGGAAAGUAAGAACAAUAAAUUUGAAACUGUUAAAUCCAAUACAAACAACACAAUUAAGGUUGGGAAUGGGAAGUCGGAAGAAUCACAAGUUCGAAAAUCAGAGCCUAUCACAUCAAAAGACUCUAAAAAAUCUUUGACUAAAAAGGAUUUAGGAAAGUUUGAGAGUGAUUCAGAAUCAGAGGCUGAGGAUAUUGAUGCUGUUUUGGCAGCAACAAAGAACCAGUAUAAUCAGCAUGUGCAGCAACGAACAAUUCAACACAACGACGACGGACAUUAUCCGGAAACGUACGCACAGCGAUUACAACGGGAGCAGUACAAACAUCAGCCUGAGGGACUUCUUAGACAGAAGACUAUUUAUAGAAAUCCUCAAGAAUGGGAAAUUGAAGAGAUAUUAGAUCUGAACAAGAAUAAAGUGGAGUCAUUUGAUGUGUCGCGGUUCAAGCAGGCCAAUGUGCUGAAGAAUCCUCAACCAAUGCAGUCUAACACAGAUGACAUCUUUUCUCCACCAGAUGUUCCAAGUAAUGGACACCCACCCAGGGAAGAUUUUAGUUAUAGGCUGGAGAAAAAGAAGUCGUUGCCACACUACGAUACAACAGAAGAGGCCUUACUUGCAGAGAUAGAGAAAGAGUACGACCUGUAGCUCUACACACAUGAACACAUUUCUACAUGUACAAAGGACCUACAUGUUGUGUCAUUUAUUUAUUUUUUAUUUAACCUUCAUCAAUCAAUAGUGAAGCAGCCUUGGCCCCCUCAUUUUUUGAAAAAAAAAAGUGGUAAACUUUUCCAAAAAGUGAAAAAAGCAAACGUUUUAAAAUUGUGAAAACAAAAUAAUUUGUGAAAAAUUUUGACCGGGACUUCUUGAAAUGUUUAGUCGCAAACUUCUCAAAUUUGUGAAAAACAGCCAUUCCUUAGCAAGAAAAAAAGCCCUUCUGAGACAUGAACCCCAUCAAGUUAAAUCACACAUAAAUCUGUGUCUCCUUCCACAUGAUUAUGUUUCUCCUCCUGCAUCCGCCAAAUAAAGCUCCACUGUUUGUGCCUUAUUUUCAAACAUUGGCUUCUGUGUUAUUAACUGAAUUUAUUACAGUUUAUUAAGGUUUUUAUUCAAAAUAUUUAAUUUCUCCUUUAGAAAAGCUUGAUUUAUGGCAAACAUAGGCAAUUUCAUUCACUCAUUUCAUGUUUGAGCGAUCUAUUUAAACAGUAAAACUAUUGAACAAGAUUGGUCACCAAGUACUUUGUCUAUCAUUUGUUUGUUGACGUUUUGAAAAUUGUAAGGAAAAUAGAGGAUGUAAAGAUGUGCCUUUUUAAAUACAUAUUUGUUGUCUCAGGCCCUAUAUUGACAAAUUUACUAUGGUCUCAUUUUCUUGAAUAUUAUUGAGUGUGUUAACCCUUUCCCACAUAAGAAGCAAAGUGAAAAUGGCUUUUGCAACCAGCAUAAAACCAGAACAGCCUGCCAGUAACUGGCAGUCUGUUCAGGUUUAUCCUGUUUGCUGCUCAUCAGUAUCUAAGGGUUAGAAAUGAAGCCUUGAUAAUAAACUUGAAUAUAGUAAGAAAAGUUUUUAAUUAAAUUUAACUUUCUAAGGGAAAACCAAUGUGUUGAAAUAUGUAUCUUAUUGGUAUUGAGGUUUAACAUAAGCUGACUUGUUAUACGUGUAUGCCAGUUUAAAAAAAUACUUUGCAUUAAAUAAUCACUUACCAACCACUUCUUUAUAUUAUGCAAUUAUGCUGUACAAUGGCCAUGUCUAUUUAUUAGGGCAAUUAUUUGAAGAAAAGUUAAUUUAGUAUGAUUUUUUUUAAAUCAGUAUUGGGUUUGUUUCAUUGAGAUUUCAAGUACCGGUAAGAACUUGUUCAAUUAGGAAACAUUCCAUUCUAAGUAUUUCAACAUAAAGUUGUACAUAGUAUGAAGUCAGUGGUUACAGGUAAAUGAAAACAUUCUUGUUCAUUGAUUCAGUAAAUGCAUGGCAAUAUACUGUCAUAUUUGAAAUAUUUUAUUGUUGUGUAUGACUUGAAGAUGCUGUGUAUAAAUUGUUUUACAUACCCAGUAGAUCACUAUUUUUUAUGCUCUUUUGAUUAGAACGUCUUCCAUUACCAACAUUCUCAAGCCAUUUUACUAUUGCUCAUUUAUUUAUUAGCAUUAAUUCAUCUUCUGUUAUACAUGUUAUAUUCAGAUAUUACUUAUAUGUUGUAUUUCAAAUUUUCUUGUAUGAAGUUUUAUUGUUUUUGUACACAUUAAGUUUGUUGUCUUUCCUUUAAAACAAAAAUGGCCUGUAGAUUUUAUAUGUGCUGAACUCUGUUAUAAGUGGGUUUAAUGCAUGUGGGUAAAGUAAUGUCCCAGAUUAGCCUGUGCAGUUCGCACAGGCUAAUGAGAGAUGACACUACGCUUAAACUGGUUUUUGCUAAUAAGAUACUUUUUAUGCCCAUGAUGAAGGAGGGCAUAUAGUGAUUGGACCGUCCGUCCAUCUGUCUGUCCGUCUGUCACACUUAGCGUUUAGGUUUCGCGUUUAGGUUUCGAAAAAUGCUCAUAACUUCUAUGUCCCUUCACAUAGCAACUUGAUAUUUGGCAUGCAUGUGUAUCUAAUGGAGCUGCACAUUUUGAGUGGUAAAAGGUCAAGGUCAUCCUUCAAGGUCAAAGGUCAAAACAAGGUAAUGUAUCAAAGUGGCGCAGUAGGAGGCAUUGUGUUUCUGACAAACACAUCUCUUGUUUAAACAAUUAUUAUCAUAAAAGCGAAAAGUGUUGUUCCUGAUUAGCCUGUGCAGACUGCACAGGCUAAUCUGGGACGACACACUUUACACUCAUGCAUUAAACCCCCUUUCACAGAGCGCACCCAAACUAUUGAUUUCUUGGGCUUAUUCUAGACUUUAAGCUCACCUUAGAAUGAUAUUGAGCUAUUGUGGUCGGUCUAUGUCUGGCCUUUAGCAUCAUAGGUUUUGUGUAUUUGUUCAACUGUUAGCUUGUUAACGUCCUAAAGGUCACAUUUGUUAUCCCAAUUGUGAUAAAACUUGGUCAGAAUGUUAAUGACAGCAUAUAGGUAAAGUUGGAAUAUUGGUCAUGUUUGUUGCGAAUCUAGGUCACCAGGUCAAAUCUUAGAUAAACACUGUAAUCAAUCUUAAGCCACAUUUAUGACUCAAUUUUGAUAAAAACUUAGUCAGCAUGAUGACCUUGACAAUAUCAGGUUAAAAUCUUGGUUUAGUGUCUUCAAAACUUGAUGACCAGUUCAAAUCUUAAAAAUCCCAUAAAUGCCACUCUAAAAGCAACAUAAUUAUUUGGCUCAAUCUUGAUGUAAUCUUGCCCAUAUUUGUUUUCUUUUACAUUAAUAAGGCAGGGUUUGAAUCUCAAAUGGGGUCAGAAAGUAGGUUCCCAUGCUAUGUCUGGGACCAUUGAUGUACCUUGAAUUAAAGUGAGGGAUUCAGUGCCAUAAUUGCCCUCUUGUUUGAAGUUGAUGUUAGCAAGUUAUAAUAAUUUUCAUGGAGAAAUAAUGCAGAGUAAAUGUGUGAUUUUAAUUUUAGAUUUACAGAUUUUUGGGAAAUCUUACAUUUCUUAAACUUGAAUGAUGGUUUCAUACUCAAGUCAACACUGGUGUUUUGUCACUCUGUUGUCCUAGGAAGUCAAGUCCUUUUUUAGUCAUAAUUAUGUAUGCAUCUUCUUCUACAAUAUUGAUAACCACUUUCAAACAUGAAGGAACCAUCAAUCAUUUGUGCCAUUGCUCAUCUGGAAAUCGUUGUGUCUUACUUGAGAUAUAAACACUUAUUAAUUGUCAAGUGAGAAAUAAAGAAAACUUAAUAGGUGGUUGAUUUUUUAUAUAUAGGCCAACAUAAAAAAACUGAAUAAGCAUCCAUGUGCAGAAUUCAUGCAAGGUGUUGUGUCUGUUUCGUUUAAUGGCAUGAUGUUGCAUUGGUUUCAAUUCAAUGGUAUAUAUUGGUGCAACCAUAGGAAUUCAAUGCUGACGGUGUUCUUUUUAGAAAUCAUAUUUAAUUUCACUAUAAAAAUAUGAUGUUUAUUUAUUGAUGCAAUUUAAGUGUUUUCAUGUUAUUAUGUUCAAUUGUGCUACAAUGUGAUAUUUGAUAUGUUAUUUUCAGAUCUG